AUGCGAGUCGCAUUACGUCCACCACCCACCAACGGCUACUUCCCACAUCGGACAGAUAGCACUCAGUUUCUCUAUCGUUACGAACCAUCUCAUUGGUGGACUUCUGGGUUCUUCCCCGGAUCCCUUUGGCUCCUUUACGAGCGCUCAUUGCGUGUCAAUCUUUCAUUCUCAUCGGACGAGAUCCUUGCACAGGCACUGAAGUGGCAAAAGGGCAUGGAACAGGAGCAACAUAACGAGGAAACGCACGAUCUUGGUUUCAUGAUUCUUCCUGCAUUCUAUCGGCAUUACAAACACUUCAAUAAUGCUGCUAGCAAAGAGAUUAUCAUCAAUGCUGGCACUUCGCUUGCCUCGAGAUGGAGCGAAAAAGUGCAGUGCUUGCGCUCAUGGGACACAUGUCUUACCAAACGAUUCAAUUUCGAGAACAAAAACAAGGAUUUCCUGGUUAUAAUCGACAACAUGAUGAAUCUUGAUCUUUUAUACAUUUGCUCAGAAUUGACGGGAGAUGAUGAGUUUCGGAGAAUCGCGACCGCUCAUGCUCAUACAACGCUACAAAAUCACUUACGUGAAGACAGCUCCACUUACCAUCUUGUCAAUUAUAACCCGGAGACGGGAGAGGUAAAGGGUCGGUACACAAUCCAGGGCUACGAUGAUAGCAGCUGCUGGAGUCGAGGUCAGGCUUGGGCGUUGUACGGUUAUGCAACCAUCUACAAGUACACAAAGGACAGGAAGUUCUUAGAUGCAGCAAAUAACUGCACCAGAUACUUUUGUGACCGCAUUGGAAACACCCACGGUGCUGUGGUCUGGGACUUCGAUGCGCCACGAUCUCCGAUCAUUCUAGACACAUCGGCCGCGGCCAUUGCGUGUUCAGGAAUACUACUUUUAUAUCAGCUGACCGGUGACAGCCGCUAUCUACCAUGGGUAACGCAAAUGAUGAGAUAUUGUUUGUCACAAACGUUAGCCCCCGAUGGUAGCGAUACAGUCCUCAGAGACGCUACUGUUAACAACAAUAAAGACGCGAUUGAACAAUCUUCUCAAACAGGGCUGGUAUAUGCUGAUUAUUAUUUGUUAGAAGCUGGGAAUAGGUUGCUCGACAUAGAACUGAACUAG